AUGAGUCCCCCGACGGUGAUGAUGUUCCCCCAUUCCAAGGGGGCCGACACGGUCAAGCGUUCGCUCAUCCUGCGCAACCCCACCAUCAAGGACCUCGUCGUCAAGCUGGUCCCGUCGUGCCCGAAGGCGCUGCAGUUGGAGGGCGGCGUGCUGCUGCUGCAGGCGCGCAAAUACGCGCCCAUGUCGGUGACGCUCGUGCAGAAGGCGUUCAGCAGCCACCUCACCUUGUCGAUCUACGCGCGCCCCAUCGAGCGCCACAACCACGCCGCCAUCCAGCAGUGGAUCAAGAAUGAUGACGUGGCCCCUCGACAACUCGUCACGAAGAUCGAGAUCAAGAACGAGUCUGGCUUCGCUGCCACUGAUACGAUCAUUGACCUGCCCGGCCGUGCCGCCCUCUUCGAAGCGGUGACGGUGGCGACGGAGGGCGUCGAUAUUGGCGACGCGAUCACCUGCAACCCCAUCGAUGGCGACUGCGCCACGGCCCCGCAGAUGAACGUCGAGGAGAUGGAGCGGCUCGCCAAGGCAAAGCUGGGCGAGGAGAAGUGCUGGCUAUUCGGCCCGAUCGUCGACGCGCUCUUCCCGGCCGCUGACGGCGCCCCGGUGGUUAUUGAGAAGCAGAAGGAAGAGUUGAAGCCGGCUCCGGCCGACGAGGCGGCCGGCGGCUACUUCUGUGCCGCC